CAGAGUCGCUACUUUGUGUCGAAGAUCGGUCUCAAGAUUUUAACAUGAAAAUCGAGUGGGCUCCCCUCCAAGUGCCGCUGGCACGGCGCCUCCAGACCCUGGUCACGGCUUGCUUUACCUACACAAUUAUCUCCAUGCCGCUUCUAGCCUGGAUCAUGACAGGUCUCCUGCUGUACUAUGGAUGUCUCAUUUUGCGCAGUUUACUUAUGAUUUAUUUUGUAAUCAUCUAUAAGGAUUACAAGAAAAACUACGGCACUAUGGAGGGCAAUGGCUGGUCGUUUUACCGCAGUAAUCCGAAAUAUCGCAACUACUUUCCGGUGGAACUUGUAAAAACCGUUGAGUUGCCGGCAAACAAAAAUUAUAUCCUGGCUUGUUUUCCUCACGGUAUUCUUGGAACUGGCAUCUGUGUGAACAUGGGCAUGGAUAUCGCAAGAUGGCUGGAAUUGUUCCCACAAGUUCGACCUAAAAUUGCCACUCUGGAUCAUCAUUUCAAGACCCCAAUCCUGCGUGAUAUCGUUCGUUAUUGGGGUAUGGUGUCAGUUUCCAAGGAUUCUCUGGGUUACUUGCUUAGCAAAUCGAAUGAUCCCAAGCAUGAGGAUAAUCGGGAUGGUUUUACCUCCAAUGCGGUUGCCAUUUUGGUUGGUGGAGCCCAAGAGGCCAUGGAUUCGUAUCCUGGCCAAUACAUUUUGACCCUAAAGAAUCGUAAGGGAUUCGUCAAAAUGGCCAUUCGAACAGGGUCAUCAAUAGUGCCCACGUUUUCCUUUGGAGAGGUGGAUAUAUACGAUCAGGUGGCCAAUCCCCCGGAGUCCCUGCUCCGUCGCUUCCAAAAUGUGUUCAAGAAAUUUACAGGCAUUUCACCGCUGCUGCCCAAGGGUCGUGGCAUGUUUAAUUACUCCUUUGGAAUACUGCCUCACCGAAGACGCAUUGUGCAAGUUGUUGGCUCCCCCAUCGAGGUGGUGAAGAGCGAUCAACCCGAUGCCGCCUAUGUGGAUAAAAUCCAUGGCGAGGUGAUGAAGGCGCUGGAGAAGAUGUUCGAGGAGUACAAGGAAAAGUACAUACCAAAUACCAAGCAGAACAAGUUGAUUAUUCAGUAAUUGGGAAUAAUACUUCGGAUAUCUGCUGUACAAUGUGAUUUUCAAUAGAGUUUUAAGGAAUACAGGACACAGAUGAGAGAUUAUUUUUAACGAAA